AUGGUUAUUUUAGAAAGGUUGUACAAUGGACUGCGGUACAAGAAGAAUAUGAUGAUCGUGUCGGAACUGCCAUCGCAACGAUCGGGUUCAAAUCUGCCGGAUGUGGGAAGAAAUGUUCGCGAUCUGGCGCAGUUUAUGCCAGAUCGAAGACGCGACGAUCUCAUCGAAGCCACUCGAAAGCUUUGUGGAGCGUUCGGCGACUUCCUUCAUGCCGUCAAUCCUGAACACGAGAUUUAUUUAUUGCUUUUUAAGGAGAAAAGAACGACCGUACUGGCGGCAGCUGGACGAGUUGGCGAUUUCUCACAGCAAGUCAUCAAUACGAUGGAUGAGCCGACACACGAACAAUCGUACUUCCAUGAUCAUCUCGUUCAGAAGGCCAAGAACGUGGCCACCAGCACCGCUCAACUUGUGCUCAGGUACGGUAUCGUUACAGCCAAGGGUCAAUGGCCAGUGUCUGGUCUUUUCAUGGCAUAA